AUGGCUUCUGCGGCAGCAGAGGGGGAGAAGGGGUCUCCGGUUGUGGUGGGUCUGCUGGUCGUGGGCAACAUCAUUAUUCUGUUGUCAGGCCUGGCCCUGUUUGCUGAAACGAUAUGGGUGACAGCCGACCAGUACCGCGUGUACCCGCUGAUGGGCGUCUCAGGCAAGGAUGACGUCUUCGCUGGUGCCUGGAUCGCCAUCUUCUGCGGCUUCUCCUUCUUCGUGGUGGCCAGCUUUGGGGUGGGCGCAGCGCUCUGCCGCCGCCGCUCCAUGAUCCUCACGUACCUGGUGCUCAUGCUCAUCGUCUACAUCUUCGAGUGCGCCUCCUGCAUCACGUCCUAUACCCACCGAGACUACAUGGUGUCUAACCCGUCCCUGAUCACCAAGCAGAUGCUGACCUUCUACAGUGCAGAUUCGGACCAGGGCCGGGAACUGACCCGCCUCUGGGACCGCGUCAUGAUUGAGCAAGAGUGCUGCGGCACGUCAGGUCCCAUGGACUGGGUGAACUUCACAUCGGCCUUCCGGGCCUCCACCCCGGAGGUGGUGUUCCCCUGGCCGCCACUGUGCUGUCGACGGACUGGCAACUUCAUCCCCGUCAAUGAAGAGGGCUGCCGCCUGGGCCACUUGGAUUACCUGUUCACCAAGGGCUGCUUCGAACACAUCGGCCACGCCAUCGACAGCUACACAUGGGGCAUCUCGUGGUUUGGGUUUGCCAUCCUGAUGUGGACGCUCCCGGUGAUGCUGAUAGCCAUGUAUUUCUACACCACGUUGUGA